CAUAACACAGGUUACAGAUUUACAGAGGGGGCGGGCUGAUAGCAGCCGUGAGUUCAUUUCAGACUGUUUUAUUCUGGACUUUGACCGUGCAGGCUGCUCUCCACUGAGGCGAGGCGACUCUGAAACGCGCACAAGCACUCCAAGAUGACUCACAUGAAGGACAGACUCCUCCUGAAACCUCAGCUCAGUGACUUUGGUGCACUGGUCUUGUAUCAAGCUGUGGUUUUCCUUCUGCUAACACACUCCAGUGGAGGUCAGUCUCAGGUGAUCGGCACGUCUCAGGCAAUGGUGGCAAUGGUUGGUGCCGACACCAUUCUGCCAUGUCACCUGGAAACUGCCGUGGAUGCUACCGACCUGACUGUGGAGUGGGCGAGACCUGACCUGGAACCAAGAUUUGUCCAUUUGAGGCGAGACAGUAAGGAGCUGGUGCAGGAGGGGCAUCAACUGUUCACGGGGAGGACAUCACUGUCCACCAACAAACUGAAGUGUGGAGACGUUUCACUGAAACUGUCCAAUGUAAGACUUUCUGAUGCCGGGACAUACAGAUGCCUUGUUCCCGAUUCUGGCACAGAAUCUGUGGUCGUGCUCUCUGUUGGCUCUGUCUCCUCAACUGGCGUAGAGAUUUCCAAAGUCAGCAACGGAGUGUUGUUGGUGUGUGAGUCUGCAGGCUGGUAUCCAGAGCCUGAGGUGUUGUGGCUGGACAGUGAGGGAAACCUCCUCUCUGCUGGACCUCCAGAGACAGUCAGAGGUCCUGAUGACCUCUAUACUGUCAGCAGCAGAGUGACUGUGGAGAAGAGACACGGCAACAGCUUCACCUGUAGAGUCCAGCAGAGGAACAUCAACCAGACCACAGAGACAACUCUUCAUCUUCCAGUUUCUCUCUUCAUGUUCGAGACCAGCACUGCUGCUCGUAUCAUCAUCUGCUUGGUUGUGUCCAUUGUGCCUGUUGUUGCAGUCGUCGUUGUCGUGAUGAAAUGGGGACGAAACAAAAAAGAAACCACAGACCACAACACAGAAUAUCUGAUGGUGGGAGAAGGAGACAGAGAGACGCCCAUGACAGGAAGGGAGACUAUCAUAUAUCUGGACAACACAAAGGCAAAACUUGAUGAGGAGUUACAGAAGACUGAGGAAGAACUGAAACAUGUAAAACAGAUGGUUGAAAGACUGACGAAGCAGAAGACUGAUCUGAAGAACCAGACACAAGGACUCAACUUACUGCUGCAGGAGGACAAGGCGCAGAUGGUGGAGUGUGAGAAGAAACUGAGGGAGAACCCCAAAGUUGACAAAGACGCAAAAAUACAGAAGCGUCAAAAGGCCCAAAAGGCUGUGGAGUGGAGAAAGAGAGAACAUGAUGAACUGUCAGAGAACACACAGGAACUACUGGAGACAACAGAGCAGAUGAUUAUUGAAAUGUCAGUAAGGAAGGGAAAACUAGAGCGAGAGAAGGAGCGAAUAAUGAAACACCUGGAGGUGACAGAGAGAAGGAGAGAAGAGGUUCAGAAGAAACUUCAGUCAGAGGGAGAAGAGGAAAUGAAACAUGCAGCACCCAGUGAUCCAUCACCUGAAGCGUUUACCUGCUUAUUACAAACACCUCCAACUACAGUCCGUUCUCUGAACACAUCCUCCAGGUCAGGUGACUGAACAAACAGUAACAGACCACGUCAUGUUGCCAGUUUUUGAUUACACUGUGCUUUGAUAUUAUCUUUGUAUAAUUGUUGUAAAUUCAGACGAGCUCUUUGCUUCAUUAACACUUUGUACAAUAUGUGUGAUUAUGACCCAGAAUGAUUUGUGGUACGUCAAAGUUCUUAUAACCCAUCUGUUCUUUUAUAAAGGGUUAAAGUCAAUAUAAUUAAAAGACAUUUUAAACUGAAUCUUACCCAGAUUUGAUCUUCUGUCCCAGUUUACUGUGCUGUUGUGUUUCCUUCAGAUAAGAUGAUGAGAUCAGCUCAAAGAUGAAACUAGAAAACUGCUGAUCUUCAUCAGUCCAUGUGCUGAAAGUCCUCCCAACAUGUCCCCAGUGAUCUGUAAACAAGACUUUGUGGCAGUUGCUGAUGUUUAACCUUUGACCAAUGCAGAUAUUUUUGUAUGUUUUUUAAUCAUUAUUUCCUUUUUUAAAGAUGUUUGUAAAGAGUUGAAUAAUAAACCUUUAUCAUAAUUACUGUGGAGAACAUAUAUCUGCUCAGACAUGACAGGCGCGCCACAGGGAACCCUCUUUGUAGCUUGUUAAUGCUAACGAGGGCUGUCACAUCUGAUUGUGUUGCUCAGAGUUAUGUUGAUAUUGGUCCUGAUAAACCUCUGUGUUUCAACAGUUUCUCUGCUGGUCAUAGUUCACAGCAGUUUGUGUCUCUUCACUGUGCUGUUCUGAUCGUCUCAAACAGGAUGGACAGACAGGAGUAUGUAGCUCAAUAAAACACACCGACACAGAGGACGUUUACAGGAUCGUAUGCUCCUUCUACAGUAUCAUUAACUGUGAUACUAUGACUAUGACGCCAAAUGCUGCAAGGCAUGAUGGUAUAUUUACUGCUUUAUGACCUUGAUCAAAGUCAUUCAUUAAACUCAACUAUUAUCUGUCA